GCCGGCGGACGGGGGAGGGAUGCGGAGGACCAGAGGGCUCGCGGUUUGUUUGGGUUGUGGGCGGUGCGCGCACAGCCCGGGAAAUGGCGGCGCCGAGCGCGGGCUCCCGGUCCGCCCUGCAGCAAAAGGGGCUGAUGGCCGCUGAUAGGGGGCGCAGGAUACUGGGAGUGUAUGGCAUGCAUCCUGACCAUCAGGAAGCUCUAAGAAAGAACCGAGUGGUGCUGGCCAAACAGCUGUUGCUGAGUGAACUGUUAGAACAUCUCCUGGAGAAGGACAUUAUCACCUUGGAAAUGAGGGAGCACAUUCAGGCCAAGGUGUGCAGUUUCAGCCAGAAUGUGGAACUCCUCAACUUGCUGCCCAAGAGGGGCCCCCAGGCUUUUGAUGCCUUCUGUGUGGCCCUGAGGGAGACCAAGCAGGGUCACCUGGAGGACCUGUUGCUCACAACCCUGGCUGGUCUUCAGCACAUACUCCCACCGUUGAGCUGCGACUACAACUUGAGUCUCCCUUUCCCGGUGUGUGAGUCCUGUCGCCCCCGCAAGCAGCGCCGCCUGUCUCCAGAUACAGUGGAACACUCCCUAGACCAUGGAGAUGGGCCUCCCAGCCUUCAGGUGAAGUCUUGCACUCCUGAGUUUUAUCAAGCGCACUACCAGCUGGCCUAUAGGUUGCAGUCUCGGCCUCGUGGCCUGGCACUGGUGCUGAGCAAUGUGCGCUUCACUGGCGAGAAAGACCUGGAAUUCCGCUCUGGAGGGGAUGUGGACCACAGCACUCUCGUCACCCUCUUCAAGCUCUUGGGCUACAAAGUUCAUGUUCUCCUUGACCAGACUGCACAGGAAAUGCAAGAGAAGCUCCGGGAUUUUGCCCAGCUACCCGCUCACCGUGUCACGGACUCCUGCAUAGUGGCGCUCCUCUCUCACGGCGUGGAGGGCGGUGUCUAUGGCGUGGACGGCACGCUGCUUCAGCUACAAGAGGUUUUCCGGCUCUUUGACAAUGCCAACUGCCCGAGCCUACAGAACAAACCGAAAAUGUUCUUCAUCCAGGCCUGCCGUGGAGAUGAAACGGAUCGUGGGGUCGACCAGCAAGACGGGAAGAACCAUGAGAGAUCCCCCGAGUGCGAGGAGAGCGAUGCCAGUAAAGAGGAGGGGCUGAAGAUGCGACUGCCCACUCGCUCCGACAUGAUUUGUGGCUACGCCUGCCUCAGAGGGACCGCUGCCAUGCGCAACACCAAGCGGGGCUCCUGGUACGUGGAGGCCCUCACUCAGGUGUUCUGUGAGAGGGCCUGUGACAAGCAUGUGGCCGACAUGCUCGUGGAGGUGAACGCGCUCAUCAAGGAGCGUGAAGGCUACGCCCCAGGCACGGAGUUCCACCGAUGCAAGGAGAUGUCCGAGUACUGUAGCACUCUGUGCCGCCACCUCUAUCUCUUCCCGGGACACCCUCCCACGUGA